AUGCGCGCAAGGGCCUUGCAAGGGUUUGCGGCCCAAUCGCGGCGUCGAACUACCUUCUCAGGGCUCUUCACUGCUCCCAUAGGACGAGCCGUGUAUGCAGAGUCCAGGGCGAGAAAAGCUACUCGCAUGACGGCGCAGUCGCAGUUGCAAUUGCAGUUGCAGUUGCACGCCUCACGGCCAUCCACUGAAGCCGUCUCACUCUCCACUAGGCGCUCAUCCUCGGCGGUUGCGGUAGCUCACCUGACCUGA